GCUACUUCCAUUAUUUUUAUACAGUCUAGGGAUUUAAUAGGUUCCCUAAGAAUUACACAAAAUGAAAUGAAUUUGUAAGGGAAAAAAAUUAGGAAAAAUAGUUUCAUAUUUGACACAACUGAAGGUUGGGAACAAAAUCCUGGGAUAGACCAGUAGAAAUCUGCCAUUGUUCAUCUUAUUCAUUAUUACACUGGUCCUGCCUGUCUGUCUGCCUGUCUGUCUGCCUGUCUUCCUUCUCUCGCACACUAACACCCAGCCAGUUUCUCCCACUGCUAAACAGGCCGCUCUGAUUUAUUUCCACAAUGCCUCACAUCCACACACACACACACACACACCUUUUGUAGUUCUCCCUUGAUAAGAUUGCCUUAAUCCCUUAGGGGCAGAAAAUAGUGGGGAACUCCUUGUCUUGCCAGCCUGCCAGCGGCCAAGCAGACAGUGCACUCAGUUAAUAAUAGCCAGCCAUCUUUGUUUAGGGCCUUGUUCCCAGACGUCCAAGCCCCACUAAUUGGCCAGUUUCCAGUUCUAGGACCGAUACCUCCAUGAUGAUGGUGAUUUAAAUAGAGCAUGCAGGUAGGGCUGCUCACACAUUCACCAUUAGCAUUAUGGCUCUGAACACUGCCAGUGGUGGGAACUAUUUGGGUACUUCCUCCUCCUCCUCCGCACCAACAGGGAUAGAACAGGGGUGACACCAGUGCAAGGUUGGAUGUCAUAUUAGGUGAGAAAACCUAACAUGUCCCGUUGCUCAAUUUGGGAUUUAACUACAGAUUGGAGUAAUGGUUCUAUUAAGUGAAUUCUUAAGUGGUCCUUAAGAGGCACCAGAGUAUCUCUAAGGUUAUCACCCUGUGUUUAGUGUCAUGUGUGGAGACAAGGGGACAAAUGAGGUGUUGGUGCCACUCUUGUUUGGAGGGACUCGGGGACCCUAAGACAGCUGUUAGUCUCCUGGUGCGCCCAACCUGCCGUUUGACCUGACAGCAGUCGCACUCUCUCCUGUGUUACCCGUUAUAAAAUGAUCAGCGUUGGGAUUUGCGGGUUAAGGACGCUUAGAGCAGGGGUUUUAAUGUCAUGACGUCACAUUAAUUAGCGGCCACUUUGAUCCUUUCAGCCUCUAAGCCGCACUCUGUCCUAUUCUGACUGUCGGCGGACACGGCAUGUGUCAGUGACUCCCUCGGGGACCGCGGAGGAGAAUGCGCCUGACGCACCCAGCCCUGUAGGCCACUGCACAAGCUCCCCUCUCCACAGCAGCCUACAGGUGAUGCUUCAGUGACAAGAGGACGGGAACACAGCAGCACUCGAGUUCAAAAUGGCAGACAAGGAUAGCGUGGAGAAAUACCUGGAGAACAACCCGCAGUUCGCCAAAGAGUACUUUGAUAAGAAGCUGCGCGCGGAGGCCCUGUCCGCCGCCUUCUCCGCACCUGUGGACGUCAAAGACACCGCUUCCUUCAAGGAUGUUAACUCCGUCCAAGAGGCCGCCAUCAUCUUCGAGCUGGUCCAGGAGAUGCAGAAACAGGAGGAGAUGGACCAGUCCAUUCACAAGGUGUUGCAGAGAGUGGCUCUCAUCAUACAGGCUGACAGGCUCAGCCUUUACAUGUGCCGCGCGAGAAACGGAAUACCUGAGCUCGCCACCUGCCUCUUUGACGUCACGCCUACAUCCAAAUAUGAGAUAAACAGGGUCCACCCGCAGGCUGAGAUCGUCUUCCCUCUCGAUAUGGGUAUCGUGGGUUUCACCGCGACCUCCAAAAAGCCACAAAGUGUUGCUGACGUCUCACAGAAUCAAAAGUUCUCCGACUUUGUGGACAAACAGACUGGAUACAAGACUAAAAACAUGCUCACUUUCCCUCUGAUGGCUGAUAAAGAGUGCCUUGGAGUUGUCAUGGCACUCAAUAAAAUAGGAGCUGAUAAGUUCUCCCCAGAGGAUGAGGCGCUCUUCCACAAGUACAUGAACUUUGCCCAAGUCAUCACCAUGCAGCAUUACACAAGUUACAUGUAUAACGUGGAGUCCAGAAGGAGUCAGGUGCUGCUCUGGUCUGCCAGCAAAGUGUUUGAAGAGUUGACAGACAUUGAGCGACAGUUCCACAAAGCGCUCUACACUGUAAGGACCUAUCUACAAUGUGAACGAUACUCAGUGGGCCUGCUGGACAUGACCAAAGAGAAGGAAUUCUAUGAUGAAUGGCCGGUGAAACUGGGAGAUGUGGAACCUUAUAAAGGACCAAAAACGCCAGACGGCAGGGAAGUAAACUUUUACAAGAUCAUUGACUACCUCCUGGAAGGCAAAGAAGAAAUCAAAGUCAUACCUGGUCCCCCUGCAGAUCACUGGGCUCUAGUUAGUGGCCUACCGACCUACGUUGCAGAGAAUGGCUUUAUUUGCAACAUGAUGAACGUGGCUGCAGAUGACUACUUCACUUUUCAGAAAGAGGCUGUGGACGAGACAGGUUUUGUCAUCAAGAACGUUUUGUCGCUGCCCAUCGUCAACAAGAAGGAAGAAAUUGUGGGCAUCGCCACUUUCUUCAACAGGAGAGACGGCAAGCCAUUUGAUGAGCAUGAUGAACAGAUCACCGAGGCCCUGACGCAGUUCUUGGGUUGGUCCGUGUUGAACUGCGACACCUACGACAAGUUGAACCGUAUGGAGUACAGGAAAGACAUCGCCCAGGAGAUGCUGAUGUGCCAGACUAAGUGCACCAAAGAUGAGCUGCAGGCCAUUCUGAACACCAAGGAGAAGUUUGACGCAGAGCCUGAAGACUGCGACCAGAAAGAGAUGUACAAACUGUUGAGAGCAACCUGCCCGCCAGCUGACAAUGUCAACGGAGAGAAUCUGUACCUGUUCUCCUUCAGCGACUUCCCCGUCACAGAGUUCGAUCUCAUCAAAGCCGGAAUUCGCAUGUUCUUUGAGCUCGGAGUCAUUGAGAAGUUUAAAGUCCCCGCAGAUACGCUGACCAGGUGGAUGUACACAGUGAAGAAGGGUUACCGUGCCAUCACCUACCACAACUGGAGGCACGGCUUCAACGUAGGCCACACCAUGUUCUGCCUGCUGCAGACAGGGAAGCUGAGGAAGUACUACUCUGAUCUAGAUGCCUUUGCCAUGGUGGCUGCUGCUUUCUGCCACGAUAUCGACCACAGAGGAACCAACAACCUCUACCAGACAAAGAGUGCAUCCCCUCUGGCUAAACUUCAUGGCUCCUCCAUCAUGGAGAGGCACCAUUUGGAGUACAGCAAGACGCUGAUGGGCGAGGAGAGCCUGAACAUCUUCUGCAACCUCCAGAAGCGUCAGUUUGAGCAUGUGCAGCACUUGUUUGAUGUCUGCAUCAUCGCCACCGAUCUGGCCCUUUACUUCAAAAAGAGAACCCUCUUCCAAAACAUUGUGAAUGCCACAGAGCCGAUGACGGUGGAAAAGGAGGCCAUUGACUUUGUUUCUAACAACCCCACCAGGAAGGAAAUCAUCAUGGCCAUGAUGAUGACAGGUUGUGACUUGUCAGCUAUCACCAAACCCUGGGAGGUACAGAGCAAGGUGGCUCUGAUGGUCGCUGCUGAAUUCUGGGAGCAGGGAGAUUUGGAGAGGACUGUUUUGGACCAACAACCAAUUCCCAUGAUGGACAGAAACUGUGCCGAACAGCUACCCAAGAUGCAGUGUGGUUUUAUCGACUUUGUGUGCGCAUUUGUGUACAAGGAGUUCUCCAGGUUCCACAAAGAGAUCCAGCCCAUGUUUGAUGGUCUGAACAACAACAGGGCACACUGGAAUGAGCUGGCUGAGGUAUACAACGCAAAGAUGAAGGCUAUUGAGGAUCAGAAGAAGAAACUGGAAGAAGAGGAAGCCAAGAAAGCUGGUGGAGGCGAAGCAAAGUCAAAGACAUGCACUGUCUGCUAAGUUCCUCCGGUGCUUGGAUCUGGACUGAUGCAGUCUGGUUAGGACUAAUCUAGGCUAUGCCAGCCUAUUCUGGUCUGACAGCUAGUCUAGCUGGGGCUUGAUUAGGCCAGCUUGGUCUCGUCUGAUCUACACCAGCGUAGUUCUCUCUGGUUAGGUUGCAGUCCGCUCUGGUGCAGUCCAGCCCAGCCCCGUUUGGUCUGGUCCAGUCCAGUCUAGCCUACUUUAGUCUAGUGUAGUCAGGUCUGGUCUAUGGUCCAGUCUGCCGAACUAUCCUCCGAGGAGGGAAGAGUCAGGAACAUCACCAAGAAGCAAUGUUGGGACUCUGACUGCAAGAGAAGCCUGUUUGACUCGGAAGAUGUGGUGCAUCUGAAACGUCUUCCUUCCUCUGCUUCGACGAUACACAGCAAUGAACUUUUGAAAAAUAUAUACAUGGACAACGUAUGUUUCCCUUUAUCAUAGCAAUAAUCGACACAUUCCUGGUAUGCGUGGUUUAAAACCAUGGUUGGAUAAGCUGUAAGCAAACACUCCAAGUCAAACUCUUUAGUAUAAAAUGAGUAGCUAGGGGACAACAUGUGCUGCAUGUUGUGCUUUCGGUUAACAGUUAAAGUAGCAUGAGUUGUGGCAUCAAUUCAACACAAGAGCAGGAAUCUGCACAUGAAUGAUGUGUUAACGCUGUAUGACAAACCUCAACGCUCAAAUACAGCAAGCGACAAUCAAACAAGGGCUGAUGUUCUCUUACCUCAAAAAGGCGCUGAUGAGUUGUGUAAGGGUGUAUUUAUUUUAAUAUGCAAUCUAUCUAUAUACGUAUAUUUUUCUGUCUGACAAUUUUGUACUUGAACUGUCGUCACGGACGGUGAGAUUGCGGCGAGCUUUGAGAGAGGGCGUUGUGAGCAAAUGCAGGCUACAAGUCACAUUCAAGCAUCUAGAACAUGUAUGUGUGUAACUUUAUUGUCAGCUUUGGAAACAAACACCUGUAAGCUGUUAUCUUUAUGCCCAACGACUUGGAUUGAAACAGGCAUAUUUACACCAGUAUUUAGAGCAAAUUGCAAUUCCAACAACUCAAAAAAAAAAGCUAAAACCUGCAUGAUUUCACUUGUACAUAGUUUAUUAUAUAGAAAAUGUAAAAUGUAAAUUGUGUAAACUUAACUGAAGCGUAAAACUGAUUUGAAGGAUGUUCAGGAAAGGCAACCUUAAGAGUCGCAGUCAGUCAAAGCGGGUACAGAAGAUCUACCUCUCCUGUAAGAAGAUUGGAUGGGAUUUGAUUUGAUUGCCAGCCAGCAUUUGAGAUCCACACAGCUUUAGACUUUAAAUACCCUUCUUACAGAGGAGGCAAAGCAGGCUACCAAAGCCUUGUAUGUAUGUGCAGAGGACUUGGGUUUAAAAUGGGGCAGAUGCAGCUAUAUAGCAUCAUCGAUUGUGCGCCGGUUCGGGCCAAAGUGAUGCAACAGCGUGAUGAAUCACACAGCAGCUGCGGUUUGAUGUCGAGUCAGUGUGAAUCUCCGUGUAAACCUGAGUUCAGCUUGAUCUGAUCAGGCAUCUGAGUUGACAGUCUACCCCCCCACCCCCCCGCGGUGCACCUUCUGAAACACUUUUAGCAACGUCCCUCCUGGGGGCAAAGGCAAGCUGUGGCUCUCUACUUCCUGUUACACAAUGUCAUCUCCUCUAAUCAACGGGGCAUCAAUCAAAGGCACUUAAUCCUAUCAGAAUGGCUUUGGGACUAUCUGGAAACUCCUUUUCUGCUGCUUGAGGUAAAGCGAGGAGCUAUUGUGGUCACUGGAGCCAGAACUGUGCAACACAACAUUUACUGAAAGUGAUGUUUUAAAUAUUUAUCCAUGAAUUUACCUCAUUGUUCCUGCUGCACGUUUUAUAUAGAUGGUUACACCACCAGUUCUGUCUCCAGUGAUUUAAAAAAAAAAAAGGCUCCUUGCUUUUCUUUCAAGGAUCCUUCGUGAGAUACCAAAUAAUGCACUGUAUACUUUCUACUUAUCCCAUCAACUGUCUUCCAGACAUUAGAAAUCUAUCAUUUGACGUAUGAGAUGACCUCUACUGUAUGUAUGUGUCAUGAGAUGUAAUAUGUGUAAGCAAAUAAAGGAAUUUACGGAAGUGUAAGAAUACUGAUAAUCGCUUUUUCUCAGCAUUAGAAAUAGGUGGUGCUUCGUCUCUUAUUCACACUUGACUCGUGCACACGAAGG